GUCGAUGCUAACCAAGUAUAAAGAGUUGAGAAAAAAGAAAAAUGAUUUUGUCUUAUAUGUGCCUGUUUUACACAAAUUACAACUAGAAUUGAAGACUUUUAUUAAAACCUUGUUAAGUGCAAUCGGCCAACUUAAGUUUUAUCAUUAUAAAAUGUCAGAACAAACACCACAAAGAGUUCGAAGAACAGGUUCUCCAGUGAGCCCAGGUUCAACGAAGCAGUGUCCCCUGAAAGCAACCAUGCCAGUGUCAAUGAUGCGACAAAUUAAUAGUCCAACAAGGUUUUCAAAUAAAAUGUCUAGCUCUUCACAUUCUCCUACUUGUAAUACAAAUAGGACCAGUGAAGGAACACGAUUAAUGUCUAGACAGUCCCCUGAUUUAAGCCUUAGGUUAGGUUUAUCGGUCGAUCGACGCAGCCCAGGAUCGCCAGGUUACAAAGCAGAUAAGACCAGUUCAGUAAAUUUUAAACCCAUCACUUCUGCUCCCUGUAUUCGGCGGACUGCCUCACUGGACACUAUUUACCUGGCUGGACAGUGGCCACGUGACCUCCACUAUCACAGCUACUAUGUUCGACAUGUGAUGGACAGAGCCACCCAGACAGAUGAGUGGGAAGAAACAGAAAAAAUUAAGAAAGGACCACAGAAAAAAUCUCCGGGAAAUAACGGGGAUCAAUUAGAAAUGAAAUAUUUUCGCCAUAGACUCCAACGGACCAAUAAGAGCGGUCAUGGCCAGGGAAACUACAGCUCACUUCAGAGGCUCAGUCCUUUUCAAGGGGACCAUUCUGCCAUAUCAUUGUCUACUGCUGCCAGCAGCAAUAAUGGUUCUGUCUGCCUGUCUUUACCGUCCACGGCAACACUACCCCUAAAUAAUUCACCCUAUCAGCACUUGUACAGUAUACCUACAUAUAAUGUGUCACAUGAAAGGUCUCAAACAGGACCCAUUCCUAUCCCCCACAUUCCAAAGACCCCCAUUCCCCGCAUUCUUAGCAGUGUUGAAGGCUUAAAUCAGGAGAUAGAAAGAUUAGUUCUCAAAGGAAUCUCAGGAAAUGAUAGCGUGGAUAUGGAGAUUGAGAGGGAACUAGAGCCUCCACCAGAUGGACACAGAGCUCCUAUUGCCGAUCUCUUCAAGUCCACCACCGUGACAACUACACGUAACGUAGACACACAGACGCCUUCUGGAAGAGAAGAAAGUUGUUCUGGUAGUGGUGCAAAUAGUUAUAGUCAGUCAGUUUCACCGACUGUGCCAUUUUUAGGCCAGAUGGACAGUUCUCAGCCUGCCAGCCGAGAAGGAAGUAAAAGUGCCUCACCCGAUCUUGACUGGAGCACCAAACUUGGUACAAGUCCUCGCAUUAACAAGUUCUUGGCAAGAGAACCUCCUGAUGGUUGUGAGAGAGUAAAAAUCGUAGACGAACGAAGGAACACUUCUGCUAUUAUGGAGCCCCAAAGGUAUGGACCUUACAAGCCUAGUGAGAAAUUUGUGCUGCUACCAAGCCAAAGUUCAGCAUUCUACCCCCUCUACAAAACUUACGUGUCUCCAUCGACCUCGGACAGUGCUCUACAAAAGCUGACUUCUUCAACAUUACCUUGACUGGACAGAUGUUACA